AUGAUGCAAACUUUUCUUCUUGUCGCUUUGUUUGUGCCUCUUUCGGCCGCCGCCAAGGUGUCGACGGAUUUCAAGUUCGAGACGACUGUGAACAGCCACGUCAAGCAGCUUCGAAGACAGCGACGUGUACAACAAAAGAAGGAUGGAUCGACGGUCGAAGAUCUGGCACAGCACGUCAAGCGAGCAGGAACGACAAUGACCAAGGAAGACGAAGUCUUUUGGAAUCGAAUUCUGGGUGACGAACUCAGUAUGGAACCCGUGCGGACUCCAGCUCCUACCAAGGCUCCCGUGGUGGCUCCUGUUCCAGCUCCUGUACCAGCACCUGUACCGGCGCCAACAGCCGCCCCCACACCUUGUCCAGUGAUUAUUGACGUGGACUGUGUGUCUGUCGAUGGCAGCUAUACUUGCACGGACAUUCAGCCUGGAACUUCCGGAGGAGCCGAUUGUAUUGUAGAGGUCGAGUACAGCUACACGUUUACCAAUGUCGGGGACGAUGUUCAACGGAUCUACGCAUUGGAAAUCACUCGUGGAGGAGUUACCACCGAUAUCACGGAUACCUUCCCCAUCACUGAUAUUUCGCCGGGAGGUCAAGCCUUCAUUUUGGAAAGCGUCGAACUCGAUAUCUGCACGGGAGAUCUUUCCUCCAUUUGGGAUACCGAAGCCGCCUUUGUCACGGGACCACCCUGCGAUGUUGAAGUCACCAUUGCCUGCGAAUCCGAAGAUGGCGACGAAUGUCGGUCCAUUCCACAAGCUGGUUCGCCCGACGAAUGUCUCCUCGAUAUCACCUACACGUAUACCGUCACCAAUAUUGGAGAUGUCGAUGCCAAUAUCAUUCUCUUUACACGAACUCGCAAUGGAGAAUUCCGUGAUUUGAUUGGCUUGCUACCAGAUACCUUUUUGGCAGUUUCGGACGAUACCAAUGUACAAGAGACGGAAGAAAUCGAUCGAUGUGUCCAACAGUCCUUUGCCACCAAUACUGUUGUGGCACAAAUUCCGAAUGCAGACUUAUUGUGUGAAGAUGUGGGAUUCUAUCCAUAA